GCAGGAGAAAGUUGGUUGUAACUCUGUCACCUGAUUAGGAUUGAACGAACUUUGCUAAGAAAAAAAUCUCCCCACCCCCACAGAAGAGGAGCCCGCCCACCAAAGACAGUCAACCCGAGACCCCUUAUAGAUUUAAAAAGAGAGGCUGCAUUCUCAGACUGACACUUAUUCAACACUGCCACCUUAAGCAGAUUACUUUGGCGCUGCCUGUGUCACUGACGAGCUUCACGUUGCCUCUCCAUCCAUCAUGUUUGGGAUGCUGAAACACCACCUCCAACCAGGCAUUUUGCUAUUCUUCCUUUGGCUUUGUCAUCUUAUGGAACAUCAAAAAGUUCAAGCCGGUAACUGCUGGCUGCAGCAAGGAAAGAACGGAAGAUGCCAAGUACUGUACAUGCCCGGAAUGAGCCGAGAGGAAUGCUGCCGCAGCGGCCGUCUGGGUACGUCCUGGACCGAAGAGGAUGUCCCCAAUAGCACGCUCUUUAGGUGGAUGAUCUUCAAUGGCGGAGCGCCUAAUUGCAUACCAUGCAAAGGUGGAGAAACGUGUGACAAUGUUGACUGUGGGCCCGGAAAGCGGUGCAAGAUGAACAGGAGGAGUAAGCCGCGCUGCGUGUGCGCACCAGACUGUUCCAACAUCACCUGGAAGGGUCCUGUGUGUGGCUCGGAUGGAAAGACCUACAAAGACGAGUGCGCGCUGCUGAAAGCGAAGUGCAAAGGCCACCCAGACCUGGAUGUGCAAUACCAGGGCAGGUGCAAAAAAACGUGCCGUGACGUCCUUUGCCCCGGCAGCUCCACGUGCGUUGUGGACCAGACAAAUAACGCAUACUGUGUGACGUGUAAUCGGAUUUGCCCAGAUGUGACGUCACCCGAGCAAUACCUGUGUGGAAAUGACGGGAUUGUGUAUGCAAGCGCAUGCCACCUGAGAAGAGCUACAUGUCUGCUGGGCCGAUCCAUUGGCGUGGCCUAUGAGGGCAAAUGCAUCAAGGCCAAGUCGUGCGAGGACAUCCAGUGCAGUGGAGGAAAGAAGUGUCUGUGGGACGCCCGCAUGAGCCGGGGGCGCUGCUCCCUGUGUGAUGAGAGCUGUCCGGAGAGCCGAACUGACGAGGCUGUCUGUGCCAGUGACAACACUACAUAUUCCAGUGAAUGUGCCAUGAAGCAGGCUGCUUGCUCCUUGGGGGUUCUCCUUGAAGUAAAGCACUCAGGAUCUUGCAACUCCAUUACAGAAGACCAGGAGGAGGAGGAGGAGGAGGAAGACGAUGAGGACUCAGACUACACAACCUAUGUCCAGUUACUCCCUGUUCUGGAUGGAUAGGCCCCAGUAACUAUAGGGGAACAGUUCUAUGUUCAUACUGUAAAUUAUGUGUAUGCUUAUUUAUUUUUUAAAGAAAGGAAGUAUACAUAUAGUUCAGUUUGCUAGAUGUUUAUUUAUACUGUACCUUUUGUGUUUUAUAAUUUAUACAUUUAUGUUGUCAGGCAUAAUAUCUACCAUUAUAUAUUGCAUUACCACUCAUUUCAGUUUUAAUAUUGUCGCUUUUUCAUUUUUUUAAACAUGAAGAAAUAUAUUUGUUCAAGGAGAAGCAGUGUUAUUUAUUUGUCAUGACCGUGUAAGUAGAGACCCUCUACAAGCUGUAAAUUGCAUUCCGUGAGCUGUAAAAAUCUGCUUGUUACUGUCAAAUCUUUAUCACGGAUGUUUGUCAUACAUAUGUACAUGCAUGUUUAGGCUGUGUCUUUAUUUAUUGGCAAUAUAUCAAUAAUCUUAUGUACAGAAGUGAUUUACUGGUUUGUUUACAACUAAUAACAACUGACCAAAGGGAUUCUGGUGAUGGCAGUGGCAAAGAGCACUGUAAAAAGUGCAACACAGCAGUGACGAAGACCCCCCUCUUUUGUUUCUUUGUUUUAUCACUUAGGAGUUUUUAGAAUAUAAUUCACCAAGAGAAUAUGCUUAUGUCUGAUUAGCAGCUAAUAGUAGGAUAAUCCUUGAUUAUUUUGGAAACAUUGUGCCAUUAAAGUCCAAACCUGCCAAUGUGUUCUGUAUUCUCACAGAGCAGAAAGUUCAUAUGCUGCAGUACUUAUAGUCACAUUUCUAUCUUUUUUUUUUUCUUUCCACUGCAUUAGUCAAUAUCAAAUCACAAGAUACAAAAAUGUUACAAAAAUAUAGUUUUGUAUUUUUUAUGUAAAUGUCAUAUGUACAUACAAAGUUUGAUGGUAUUUGUACAGAUAUGAAGAGUGAAACAAUUAAAGUUUUCUUUCCCUUA